AUGGUGUACACUUCGUUGACUGAAGCUCCUCAUAACCUCAAGGAGGGUAUUGACUGGUUAAUGGCUCUUAAGGGAACUAGUGGCGAGAACACCUUGAUGCAUAUGGUUGGCACAAUUCACCAUCUAUUCUCAGAUCACUCUGCUGGAAAUAAUCCGUUGCCGUCUCUCGAUAAAAUUAAGAGGAUUUCUAAAAAAUUUCUAGAGAAGCCGGAGCUGAGAGAUAAUAUGUUAGUGAAAAAGGUGCUGGAAAAAUUUAACCCUGUGGAUGGAACCGCAAAUACAGGGUUUAGGCGCUAUUGGCAUAAACAAUUUGAUGAGUAUGGACGCGUCGUAGGAGUCAAGGGUGCCAAACCUGAAUACAUCGAAGAGUGCUUAAGCAAUGUUAUGGAUGGUUUUGAGAAGCUCUUGGAUGAUAUCAAAAACCCUGACCAGUACGAGUCUGCUUACAGUGCAGAAGCAACGUGGGAAGCAUCCUGCGCAAAGAACCCAGAAGAUUGCGCUGUAAUUCUCGUGGGUAUUGCUCCAAUGCUGUACGCAGGGUUAAUAUCUCUAUGGGGUACAAGCGAAUCUAAAACUGGAGAGUUCCACCGGUUCGCGGGGUCAAGGAGCUUUGGUGAGGUGUUGAGAGCAUUGGGUUACGUACAGCCUCAAUGCCGCGCUGACAUAAAUGGCUCGAAACUAUUCAAGAAUUUUGAAGGGUUGGAUGACGAUUUACUACAUAAUACGUAUGAUCUUGCCGGAUUUGACGUUUUCUAUGGAUCGAAGAAAGCAGCUGUAAAAUCUGGCAAGCUUGACAAGGACGCACAGGACAGAAUUGACUUCUACGUCAACAUGAAGCCCAUUAACCCUCCCAAGAAGUAUGUAUUGCGCAAACAGCCGAAUACAGUUUCUGCUAUAGGCUCCAAGAACUUUUAUUAUCCGGGCGUGCCCACAGUGGCGAAUUUAGACGCUGCCAUCCCAUUUUAA